AAAAAAAAAGGAGUUUUUAAACAUGUUUAUUUUCUAUGCACUUUUUUUUAUUUAAGUGAUAGUUUAAUUAAUAAACAUGUCAAGUUUAUUGCUGCAGAGGGCUGCUGGUGGUUUGUUCUGAGGCGCUGGGUGUCGGUGGAGUUUCCCCUCCCAUAGGGGCUGAUGGCUGCAGGGAUCCCUUCUCACAGAGCCAGCAGUGCUGUGCUGGGGGAGAUGUGGGACUCGGCCGUGUUGGUGGGUGGAGGAGCUGCAGCUGGGCUGGGAUAGGAGGGGAUGGGUGAACGUUAACAGCCUGCUGGGUGCCCUCCUGCCCUCACUGCGCCAUGGCCACCGCCAACGACAGAGCCGUGCUGCAGACCAUCUUCAACCCCAGCACUCCGUUUGGUGACAUCCCCGGGCUGGAUGAGGAUGAGGGCGUUCAGCAGGAAGAGGAGGAGACCUUCGCGCCGGAGCUGCUGGAGCAGGUGAGGGACCUGGAGCUGCAGGGCGUUUCUGCUGCCGAAUCCGGAGAUGUGAGCGCGGCCCUGGAGCGGUUCAGCGAGGCCAUCCGCCUGCUGCCCGAGCGCGCCUCGGCCUACAACAACCGGGCGCAGGCACUGCGCCUCAAGGGCGACGUGGCAGGCGCUCUGCGGGACCUGGAUGCCGCCAUCCGCCUGGGCCGGGGCUGCGGCCGAGCCGUGUGCCAAAGCCUGGUGCAGCGUGGGCUGAUCCAUCGGCUGCAGGGCCGUGAGGACGAUGCCCGGCAGGACUUCCAGCAGGCGGCACGGCUUGGCAGCGCCUUCGCACGGCAGCAGUUGGUGCUGCUCAACCCCUACUCGGCCCUCUGCAACCAGAUGCUGAGCGAGAUGCUGGGCCGGCUGCGCAACCCCGACGUGGUCGGCAGUGACUGAGGCCGCCGGAUCCCCGUCCUGAUUGAAGCUCGAGGCAGAGCUGUGCCUGGAAGGACUCCGAAGGCUCAGAGGAGGCGGCAGCACGCAGCUGCUCCUCGCUGCAGGGCUGCCAUGAGGAAAGCUUCCUGCACCUCAGCUCUGUCGUGGCUCUGUUCCAUCACAAAUAAACCUCCCUGCAGGGCUCUGGCCGUGA